UAUUAGUGUGAGACCCCGCCCGCCUCCUGUGCUAUAUUGACAGAUCUAAACCUCGAGUAGUGCACGAACAUCUGUCGUUUGUAAUAUUAACCUCAAUAUAAAUAUUUUGAUGGUGGAUCUUGUUGGUGGCGCGUUUAUUUGGGACAGCUGUGCCUGAAAAGCUAAACCAAGGUAUCAAAACCUCGCGAAUCGAUUUGCAGGUAAACGGACGAAUCAAAUGGCCUUCUUGUACCACUCUGGGCGUAUCUAUUUGACAGACAAACCAUUUCAGCCAAUGAAGGUGCGAUCUUUCUCUCGUCGAUGGCUCGGGGCGGAAGUUACCAACAUUUGUUAUGAAAGAUGUCAUUCUUGAGAGGAGCUAUGAUAUCUGCGUCAAAGUCAAAAGUAUUGAGCCUUUCAAGUUACAUCACCUUCCCCAAAAAACCCAGCCAGCCCUUUACACAGCGGGGCUUCAGCGCUUCAACAGCGCCUCAACCCAGGAGAAGCCAGCUGUGUCAGAUCCAGCUGAAGAUAAAGUGAAUCUCACUGAGUCAUGUGUGAAGAGACUAGGGGAAAUCAUGGUGAAGGGCGAGUAUCUGAGAAUACAUGUGGAGGGAGGAGGCUGCUCCGGGUUCCAGUACAAGUUUUCUGUUGAUGGUAACAGGAAUGAAGAUGACAGAGUGUUUGAGCAGGGUGGAGUGGGCGUCAUUGUGGAUCAGGACAGCCUGGAGUUUUUGAAAGGAGCCACUGUGGACUUCAGCCAGGAGUUGAUCCGCGCCACCUUCCUCGUGCUCAAGAAUCCUCAAGCCGACCAUGGCUGCUCCUGUGGCAGCUCCUUCUCUGUCAAAUUAUGACCCUACUUCCCUGCGUCAGUGUUAUUUAAUAACCCGGUUUACCAGUUUAUUAGGUACACACAUACAAAAUACAAGAAAAUAUUAUAGACACAUUUCAACAUAAUGCAUUCUAACUACUGGUUUUGUAGGUGUGAAACUACUUGAAUUGAAUGAGAGAGGUAACAAUUAAUUAUUGUGCUAUUUUGCAGAUCGUGACAGUCAAUGCUCAUUAACCGCUGAGUUCACAAUAAUCAACUGUAAUCUGUCAUGUUUUUAAGCAAAACAAAGGCUCAGUUGAGGUGUUAGAGAAUGCAGCGCUUAGAUUUGCCUUUGUGUGUAAAAUAUGUAAAUAGACCAUAUCUAUGUUUGGAAAGAGCUAAGCUAUAUUACAUUUGUUUCAUCUAAAAUAAAACAGAGUGAAUUUUA